UACCUGAGACUCACCGGAGCUGCACGCGCCCUCAGGAGGAGCCGCGCGGACCGGACGUUUUAAUCCAUAAUCAAUAAAAAGUUCAGUCGCAGACAGUGAUCAGCUUCCGGUUUAUUCCCGCAGGUUCUGUGCUGUUCACGGACCCGGUUAAUUGAUCUGAACCUGGAGGACCCGGAUCAGAGGGAGCGCGAGCAUGUCCCGGGCCGAGGAGCGCGAGGAGGCCGACUGUGUGUGUUCCGUCGGGAUGAAGUUCACGUGGGACAUCAACGACCCCAAACUGCCGCAGGACACAAAGCAGUUCGACCCGUUCCAGGAGUGGACAGACGGUUAUGUUCGGUACAUCUACAGUGCUGAAGAUAAGAACGCUCAGAGACAUCUCUCCGGCUGGGCGAUGAGAAACACCAACAACCACAACUGUCAGAUCCUGAAGAAGUCCUGUUUGGGUGUGGUGGUCUGUUCACGAGGCUGCACGCUGCCCGACGGGUCCCGGCUGCAGCUGCGCCCCGCCAUCUGCGACAAGGCCCGGCAGAAACAGCAGAAGAAGCUGUGUCCGAGCUGUAACGCCACUCUGGAGCUACUGCCAUGUCGCGGCCACAGCGGUUACCCCGUCACCAACUUCUGGAGAGUCGAUGGAAAGGCCAUCUUCUUCCAGGCUAAAGGGGUCCAUGAUCAUCCCAGACCAGAGUCCAAGUCUGAGACUGAAGCCAGAAGAAGUUCAGUGAAGAGACGAGUCAGCUCCCCGCCGUUCACGCCCAAAAGACGGCUCAUUGAAACACAGGCUCUGGGCCCCGCCCUCCUCUCCUGCGUCGAUCCAUCAGACAGAAUCUCCUUCAUCGAGCCGAAUUUCCCACAGCAUUACCCAGCGUUUCAGAGCCCAGAGCCCUACUACAACCCCCACAAUGCACUAGGAGAGGCCCCACCCACACUGCAGAAACCAGCCAAUCCCAGGCUUUACAUGGGCCGGCCCUCUUACGAGUUCCAAGGAUACCUGACCUCGCCUUCGUAUCCCAUGACGUCUGACCUCUGUGACCCCAGGGUGGCUCCAGUCCUGGGUUCCUCCUCUUCCUCCACGUCAUCAUCGGCUCCCCUCUCCUCCUCCUCCUCCUCCUCCUUCGACCCCCAGGCGAAGCCCUCUGCAGGCUGGAAGGAGCUGCUGAAGAGCUCCGCCCCCUAUGGUGACAACCACCAUUACUACAGCGCAGAGUACCCCUGCCGUUACCCCAGCAACGCCCCAGGGUCCCCCGCAGCACUGCAGACCAUCAUCACCACCACAACCAAGGUCUCCUACCAGCCCUGUCCGAAGCCUCCUGCAGCGCUCCCUUCCUACCAAUCAUGUCCUAAACCUCCUGCCGGCCUCCCGUCCUACCAGUCCUGCGCUCCCCCGAAACCUCCAGGCCUCCCUGGCUGCUCCUCUCUGCUGGAUGACGCCUCUUCCUCCUCCUAUUCCACCGAGGUGAAGGUGACGGAGGAGUCAGGUGGAGUCAUCAAGUCUCUGUCGUUUCAGCCCGAACCUCUGCAGACUAAAACAGAGCGGGCCGACGGCUAUGACUACCGCUACACCUACCCCAACACGUACCGCUACGAUGACUACUGAGGCAGCACUACCUCCACCGCAGCUACCACGACUGCUGUUACCACCACUGCACCCACCCAACACGUGGUGCCAUGAUGACUACUGAUACUACAACUGUCACUAUGAGAAAAACUACUGCUACAGCCCAAACACAAACUAUCUGUCCACAGACUGUGUGAAACAAAACCCAGUGAACGACCUGCUGAACGACAUCUGCCACUGCACGGAUCAGGAGCGGACAGGAUGUGGAUUAUCAGGACGAAACUCUGACCGAACCAAAAUUUUGGUCCAUGAGAAACUUUCUGAAGACGCUCAUGGAGUACUGUCAUGUUCCCAGAGGCAGAUCCUUCUCCAGCUUCCCUCGACCGACUCUUUCAGGACAAGAAGUGAAAACACUGGAGUGAAAUGUGCGUCAGACACCAGGAUUCUGUUUGGUCAAAAAGCCUCAACACAAGACCCAACUCAGACCCGGUGCUUCUGGAGCUCUCAGCCACAUCUCAUGGCCUUCUUCAGCAAACUGAGCUGCAGCCAUCAAUUCAUGGAUUUGAUUGUUGUGACAUCACCUGAUGGUUGUUUUUGUGGUGGAGAUUGUUUCUGCAGGUAUACGUUAUCAUGUGGGGGAGGUGUGUCACAUCCUGUAGAGUCCCCAGAAGUGAGGUGUGUCACAUCCUUUAGCGUCCCCAGAAGUGAGGUGUGUCACAUCCUUUAGCGUCCCCAGAAGUGAGGUGUGUCACAUCCUUCAGCGUCCCCAGGACUGAGGCAUAUGUGAUAACAAAUUUAACCUCGUCUAAUUAACUGAGCGGCUGGUUGUGACAGAUGUGGCUGAGAGCUUCAACACACGACAACAAGGAGACUUUGUUCUGUCAAGUUUUCAGAGUCAAAUAUGAACCUUCAAACUCAGGAUUCAAUUAUUGUGACAUCACUUUAAACCAUAAACGACCCCAGAAGAGCCAGAAUCCUCCUGAUUUCUGAUCUGAUGAAUUUGAAUAUCAAAUAUUAGACCUUCACCAAAGACUUUUUAAUGUCACAGCAGUCUGAGUGUAAUGAAGCUGUGGAAGUUGUCUUCAUGAGUGUUUGGGUUAUUUAUUGAGUCCGUCAGUAAACCUGUGAGCAUGCUGAACUGUGUCUGAAUGAAAGAACAAACUGAGUGAACCAGUAGUUGACUGAAGAGAUCUGUGAGAUGUAAAACUGUUUCUGUCUGAACUGAAGUCUCACAUUAAACCAACUG